GUUACAACAUGUGUGCCAGAGAACGUGAUACAGUGUAUAGCAAUAUUUGCUAUAAGGAGAGUGAAGAUUAACUUGUGAAACGCAGAUAGUUCAUACAGAUUGAAAAUGGUAACGGCAGGGGUGACUGCUCUCCUGUCACUGUCAUCCAGGCAGGCUUUCGUUGCUUUCGGCAGUUUGGUAGUUACCUUUCUGUUUUUCCUGCUGAUCCGUCAGCUUGCUAAGCAGAGGAGACCCAGAGGUUUCCCUCUGGGACCUACACCUUUGCCUCUAAUUGGGAAUAUCCUGUCUCUCGCUUCGGAGCCGCACGUCUACAUGAAGAAACAGAGUGAAACCUACGGACAGAUUUUUAGUCUUGACCUGGGUGGCAUAUCAGCAGUUGUGCUUAAUGGUUACGAUGCCAUUAAAGAGUGUCUUUCACACCAGAGUGAAAUUUUUGCAGAUAGACCUUCUCUGCCUUUAUUUAAAAAGAUGACCAAAAUGGGAGGGCUUCUUAAUUGCAAGUAUGGCCGGGCUUGGAUUGACCAUCGCAAACUCGCUGUCAACAGCUUCAGAUACUUUGGCUAUGGCCAAAAGUCAUUUGAAAACAGAAUCUCGGAAGAGUGUAUGUUUUUUGUGGAUGCUAUCGAUGACUACAAAGGAAAGCCUUUCAAUCCCAAACACCUGGUCACGAACGCCGUGUCCAACAUAACCAACCUCAUCAUCUUUGGAGAACGCUUCACGUACAAUGACACGGACUUCCAGCACAUGAUCGAAAUAUUUAGCGAGAACAUCGAGCUGGCUGCCAGUGGGUGGGCGUUUCUCUACAAUGCCUUCCCAUGGAUUAAGAUUCUUCCUUUUGGAAAACACCAGAAGCUUUUCAGAAACGCAGCCGAGGUAUAUGAUUUCCUGCUGAAGAUCAUUGACCGCUUCUCUCGGAACAGAGUGCAUCAGUCCCCGCGACACUACAUUGAUGCCUAUUUCGAUGAGAUGGAGCAAAAUGCUAGUGAUCCCGCAGCUUCGUACUCCAAAGAAAAUCUAAUAUUUUCUGUAGGUGAGCUCAUUAUUGCUGGGACAGAAACAACAACUAACGCGUUACGUUGGGCCAUGCUGUAUAUGGCUCUCUACCCAAGCAUGCAAGGUAAGGUGCAGAAAGAGAUAGACAGUGUUGUUGGAAAGAGCAAGCUACCUUCUUUAGAUAACAAGCCUAAAAUGCCAUUUACCGAAGCUGUGCUGCAUGAGGUCUUGCGCUUCUGCAACAUAGCGCCUCUUGGGAUUUUUCGGGCGACUUCUGAAGACACGGUUGUGAGGGGAUAUUCAAUACCACGGGGGACCACAGUGAUAACAAAUCUGUACUCUGUUCAUUUUGAUGAAAAAUACUGGCGCAAACCCGAGCAGUUCUCUCCAGAGAGGUUCCUAGACUGUCAUGGGAACUUCAUUAAGAGAGAGGCCUUUGCACCGUUUUCAUUAGGAAGAAGACACUGUCUUGGGGAGCAUCUGGCGAGAAUGGAGAUGUUCUUGUUCUUCACAACAUUGCUUCAAAGGUUUACUCUUCAAUUUCCUCAAGGGUCAGAACCAACUCUUACACCCAAACUAGGAAUGACUCUACAGCCUCAUCCCUAUCUCAUCUGUGCCAUCAGGAGGCAGUAGCGCAUGGAAUUAUACAGUAUGAGUAAUUAUGAGUAAACUCAGGGAAAUGGAUCACUGAAACCCAGUGCAUUUAAAGUGCUUUCACACCAACAAACCUCAAACUGAAGAAGGCAGUUUUUAAUUCCAUUUUGUAAUGGUGCAAACAUAGUCAAAUAUUUUCAACUGAACACUCCGUCAGAGCUGUCUGGUUGCAUUACAUGAAUUAUGAACCAAAAAAAGUUAGUUUGCAGCUAACUUGCAAAGAAUAAGAAAAUGAGUUUUAAGUGGAAAUAUUGCUAAUUAAAAAAGGUAAAGAUGAAGACCUUCAAAAUCCAUCCAUAAAACCUUGCACAUUUUUUUCUUCUGCAAGGUGACAAAUUCUUGGUACUCUUUUAUAAUGACUCUUUCAAGAGAACUUGUAUACAGUUAAAUGUUAACUUUAAUGUAAAUUACUACUCCAUGUAAGGGACACAAUGGGACUAAUGAUCUCCCUGUGUGUCCUUGCUAUACAGUGAGUAAUAUGCAUUUCACUGUUGCCCAUUUACUGAAUGUUUAGUCUGAUUUGGACAUUUUAUUAAUGUUGCUUUUCUAUUAGAUUUUUAAAAUCAUUUUAUGUUACAAUAAAUGUUAACUGGUCUGGCCAGAAAAAAAAUAACUUAAAAGUUUGUAGUAAAACAUUUGAUAUGAUUUGCUAAAACUGUGAAGUUAAGAGUAACACACGAGGAAUACAAUCAAAAAUGAGACUGAGAGAUUUUGUUGAAAAAGCAUGCCUUUUCAGAAAUACAACUGUGGAAAUAGCAGUUGCAGUAUCUUUAUUUUAAUGUGUAUUGCAAUAUUCUGUUCUUAUCACUGUAUUCUGUUUUUAAAAUCGGAUGUUAAAAGUGCCUGUUUACAACUAUGGUGGAGGUACUGUCUGUCUUUCGCUGUAGACAUUGUAAGAUACUGAGGUUGUGGAACUGCUUCUUUAUUUUCCUUAUUAAAGUUCUUGCAAGGAUCACUAA